AUGGACGGCGAGGUGCCGGAGUACCAGGGUGUCCCUGGAGUUGUCCGCGACCACGACAACCUCGACGACUACUACCUUACCCACGAGCUGCUCGAGCUGCUGCUGCGCCGGGACGGCGGGGGCGGUGCAGGUAGCUCCAUCGACGUCGUCCACGAAAAGCCUCCGAUGGUCGAUCAUCUUCCUCUGCCGCUGCCACCGUCGUCUCCUCUCCCUUGUGGAAAACCGAUGGCAAGCGACGCCGAGAUGGCGUCGUGGCUCUGCCAGGUUUUCGAGCAGGAGGCCUCGGAUGAGCGGGAGCCUCGGAGCGCUGCGACCGCCACGAUGACAACAACCAAGUCUGAGGGACGAAACACCAUGAUGCCCAGCACCAGCUGUGGCACCGGUGGGCACCGCAGUAUCGCCUCCGCCGACGCGCCGACCACCAGCCUUGCGGCGGAUGGUGCAGCCGAGUGCCGACGUGGGCGGUCGAGCAGCGGCCGAAGAAGGUCUUGUUCCGGAAAAGCAGCCGAACAGAGGCGGCGAGACAAGAUCAACGACAGGCUGAGGACUUUGCAGCAACUGACGCCCAGGUGCAGCAAGACUGACAAGGCCUCGACGCUGGAGGAGGUCAUCAAGUACGUGAAAUCACUCCAGCACCAAAUCCAGAUGAUGUCGACCGCCGGAUACGCCACACCGACGCCAUUCUUGCCGCUGGGGGUGAUACCGCCGUCGUGCAUGCAACUGCCUGCAGGCGGGCAGGCGCCGGUGAUGCUCCCUCAGUACCCGGUUUUCCCGGCGGUGUACUCUUGUCCACACCACGGCACGCCUCUGCCGCCGUGUGCUCGUCAUCCAGUUGCCGAGUUUUGUGAUGAAAUGACGCUCACGGAGAUCUGA